AUGGAGCCCCCAGGCAAGCGGCCCCUGCAGGAGCUCCCCGCAGAAGAGUCCGUGUCUGAGGACUCAAGUACCAAGGCGGCUCCCAGCAGGCAUGUUCUCUACGUGGGCCACCUGAACCCCCAGUUCUCAGUGCCCGUGCUCGCCUGCCUGCUGCGAGACGCCCUGGAGCGGCUGGAGCUGCCGGUGGCGCGGGAGCACAUCCAGGUGGUGAGGCAGCCACGCAAGGCCUACGCGCUGGUGCAGGUGGCCGCCCACGAGGACGCCCUGGCCUCCCUGCCCUGGCGCCUGCACACGGCCUUGGAAGAGCACCACAUCAUCAAGGAGCUGGUGGCCCCUGGGAAGGAGCUGGUGCUGGGUGAGGGCCGGGGGCCCUCAAACCGCAGAGACCAGGAGGAGGACAGCGGCCCGAGCCCCAGCCCCAGCCCCGGCCCCAUUCUGGGCUCCAGCCCGCGGCUGGUCUGGCGCGGACCCCUUCCUACCCAGGCCCCCACCCCACGGCAGGACUACGCGGGCCGGCCUAGUGGCACGCGCUCAGACAGCGCCAUCGUGCACCAGGAGAUCCUGGGCCAGGAGCGUCUCUUCCAGGGCGCCUUCCUGGGCAGCGAGACACGCAACGUGGAGUUCAAGAGGGGUGGCGGCGAGUACCUGAGCCAGGCCUUCAAGCACCACCUGCGUCGCUACGUGUGCGCCUUCCUCAAUAGCGAGGGCGGCAGCCUGCUGGUGGGCGUGGAGGACAGUGGCCUGGUGCAGGGCAUCCGCUGCAGCCACCGCGACGAGGACCGCGUGCGCCUGCUGGUGGACUCCAUCCUGCAGGGCUUCAAGCCCCAGGUCUUCCCCGACGCCUACAAGCUCACCUUCAUCCCCGUGGUCAGCACCUCUGCCACCGGCACCCCCCUCAAGGUGAUCCGCCUGAGCGUGCACGCCCCCAAGGCCCAGGCCCAGCCGCAGCUCUACGAGACGGACCAGGGGGAGGUGUUCCUGCGGCGGGACGGGAGCAUCCAGGGCCCCCUGUCCGUACGUGCCAUCCAGGAGUGGGGCAGGCAGAAGUGGACGGCUGAGCUGAGCAAGCUGGAGGAGAGGCUGUGGGUGAUGACAGCAGAGAAGGAGCAGCUCCAGCAGCAGCUGCAGCGGUACAAGCCCAUCUCCUGCACCUGCUGCGUCCUGUGA